CAGGGGCAUCAGAGUGACUUGGGGUCGAUGAAGCCAGCGACGAUGGUUUAUGGAAGCAUGGAAUCGAUGAUGGCAGCGUCGGCGCGACCUCCUUCGAAGGCGCGCCCCAGCUCCACAACUAACCUGUCAAUGUCUCCCAUCACGGAACAGAUCUCGCAUCAGCCGAUGCGCAAUUCCGCGCCGUCCCUCGCCGCCGCUAUCGAGUCUCUUCAAGAUGGUGUGCUUUCUCCCGGGAGUGGGUCACAUGCUCCAUCGUCGGAAGGGGGCGGGCCUCGAGGAGAUCUCUCCGAAGUAUCAAUCGAUUUUGGAGAGAGCACUUUGCUGCAUGGAACGGCAGAAUUGACCCAUCUCGGUCUCGCGGGCUUUCUCAACAUGCGCGAGCACGGUCCAGGAUUCCACCGCAUGAGGCGGUACUACUGCCGCCUCGUCGGGGUCCUUUUCUACCGCUUCUACACCAAAGAAUCAGCGCGCGAUCUGGCAAACGCACAUAUGGAGAAAGAGAUAGUAAAGGUCGAGAAUUGGGACGGGAAAGGCGCCCUCCAUCGGUACCCCCAGCCGUUCAAGCUCGUCACGCCACAAGGAACGUACAAUGUGAACGCAGACAGCGAGGAAGAAAAAGCGCUGUGGAUCCAGUAUGCAAACGAGUCCAUCGACGCUGCCGCGAUGCAGAUGCGCGAUUGCUCUUUGCUCCCCAAGUCGUCCGUACUCAUGUCGGCAUCCCCGGGCGGUCUCACCCUCGCUCGACCAAAUAAGGAGAAGGAAAAACCGCCCAAGUUCAAGGGGGUGCCAAACUGCAUGCAUCCGACGUGCAAAGUUCGUUUCGAUAACACGAAGCGCCAGCACCAUUGCCGGAACUGCGGCGACUCUGUUUGCUCGGACCACAGCUACCAUUUCGCCCCGCUGCCGCAUCUUCCCACCAUGACGGGGCCACAACGACAAUGCACCCGCUGCUUUCGCGUCCACCGAUUCAUGCAGCAUAUGCGGACGAUGCUUCAGGCGUUUGUGAAACACCGCCAUGGCCGCAAACAACUCUCGACACCCCAACCAGCCAUGCUCAGCAACAAAAAGAAGUUGCCGACGGUGGCGGCAGCCAUUCAAACGGAGGACCAUAUCGAAGACGUGAAUCGCAUGCGGACGGCGGUGAACGAGCCGGAUUUUGGUGUUUCCGACGCCAUCCAAGCACUUCAUUUGCACCGCAAAGACAGUGACGAUGUGUACUUUGUGAUCGUGACCAAGUUGCUCAAACUGGGUGUCCAGCACCUCCCGGACUUCGACUUUUUCCUGCCGCAGCUCUUCCAUCUGUGGAUCACGAUGGAGUAUGAAACGCAGCUAGUCAAGUGGAUGCUCCUCUUCCGCGUUCUCAUGACAGCCGCCACGUACCACCUCCGCCUUGCGACAUCGAUCCACUGGCUGCUACGGGCCACCAUCGACGAUAGUUGCGGAUGGGGGUUUGGUCAGCGCGAGUUGGGAGUCCCCGAUUACCUCAAGUAUCGAUUCGCUCCAUGCAAAGUUGCCAUGUACAACUUGCACAUGCUGAUACAAAAUCGAACAACGAUGACGUUUGCCCCAGACGCAGACCUGCGUACGAUGCCGCUCCAGACAGAGCUCCUUCAAAUCUACAUCGAUCGCAUCUUGGCCUUGCAAGAGUACGACACAGGCUUGAAUCUCCCGACGCCAGAUAUGGCGCUGCCGUCACCUCUGAGCUCAACGCGAGGAGGGCCUCUUCCUCUUGGCCCGUUCUUCAACGCAUUUGGUGCGUGCACGUUUCCUGCGCACUGGCAGGAGGUUCCAUACCGUCCUCGCCUUGGGCCUCGCGAUGUCGCCAUCGAACAAAAGGUGUUUACGUCCCAAGUCGAGUUCAUUGACAAAUUGGGAGACUUGGCCGAGAGCUUGCGCCAUUGUCCUCGACCCGAGCGCAAAAAGACGCUGCCCGUUGAACUGGAAAAGAUUGCGUUGCCCCCCGCGGCGUACUACCCUCUCACGCCCGUGGACGAACCGCUGCAUCGUUUUGUCCACGUGUGCAUCAAAGAAGGCACCGUGUUUACAACGAAAGCGCGAGCCCCAACUUUGAUCUGGUUCGAAGUGGAAUCGGUUGAAGUCGCGCCUGAAACGCUCUGGCUAAGCCAAAGCACGUCGUCGGUUGUUGUUUCUCCUUUUACCGAGGAAUCGGGGCCGCAUCGGCAGUCGAUGGACCAUGACGCCAUUGACAACGUAUUGCGCGACGAAUGCCUCCUUACCUCAUUGCGUCACAUCAAUAACUCGGAAGACGACGAUGGCGAAGAUGACGUGUUGCAGGUCGCGAUUAAGCUGCCGCUUUCAAACGGGUCGACGCACAAGCUGCGUCGGUCUGGUAGUCUCGUGAGCCACAAUCCGAACCAAGCGUACUCGGACGAACUGAUCCAAGCGGCGGAAGUCGACGUGCGGCCUCCCAUCGACUUGAUCACUGCGCACCACCAUCUUGGCGGACCUGGAACCGGCGGCAUGGGUGGUCCACCCAUGAUCGGGUCGAAUCUGUUUCCCCGAUCGAAGGGCAGCAUCAAAUUGGAGUUGCUCCCGACAGACGUCGAGAAACUUUCCCCCGAGCAACUCGAAACCAUCGCAGACAAGUUGCUCAAGCACUUGAUCGCGCACCCACCACCACGACGCGCGUUGGACCAGCAUGCUCACACACCGCCUCGCCGGGCGUCGAUACCGGGAGCGGCGACCACGUCGACGGCGGUCGAAAGCAAACACCCUGCGCUUGGACGGUUGACGGUCGAAGCAAUCAAGGAAAGCAUGGAAAAGAUGAAAAAGAACUUCCUCCACGACGACGACGGCGACGAGUGGAAUACCAAACACGCUUUCACGGGCAGCGACGGCAUUGCCACGCUGCUCGAGAUGCAAGUCGCGCACAACGAGCAGCACGCAACGUGGCUCGGGUCCGAACUACUCCAGAACGGAUUGAUCCAAGCGCUACCACACCAGUCGAGCGGACUCAACAUUGGCACUCGCGACGACAGCGACGUUGUGUUCCAAAACGACUCGACGCUCUUCUACGUGACGCUCAAGCCGGACCACGAAUAUACCUUGCAUAUCAACGCUGUCAACGACGGCCGAAGUACAAUCAUCAACUCUCGCAACUCGAACCGACCGUCGCGGCAUGCGUCGCACAUGACCAACUCACGCGACGAUACUGGGACCGACAGCACUGAUGCGAUCAUGCUGCAGCAACCCCCGAUGGGGCACAUGGAUCGUAUGGAGCCGGACAAGGUUAUGAUUUACAUGCAAACGUUGCAACACAGCAUGGAGGAUUACAUGGCUCCGGUGGAAGAACGCGAAAAGGCGCUGGCGACGUGGCAACUCCUUCAGGACCAGCUAGAAGUCAUUUGCGAUUACGUGCGCGAAAAACAAGUGCAGCGCCAGAACCAGGUGAAGAAUAUGUUUGGCGAAGGCGCCGAAGACAAGCGGAAGCGGAUGCUCUCGAGCAGCACCCACGCGUCCAUGUACAAGUCCAACUGGAACAUCAAAGCGAUGAUUAUCAAGAGCAACGACGACUUGCGCCAGGAAGUGCUGUGUCUGCAACUGAUCCGUCAGUUCAGAGACAUCUUCAAGAGCGCCGACCUGGACCUGUGGUUAUACCCGUACAGCAUCAUCGCGACGUCCGCCUCCACGGGCAUCAUCGAAGUCAUUUUGAACGCAACGUCGCUGUCGAGCUUGAAGGGGUCACCUGGCUACACCAACUUGAACCAGCACUUCAUCACGGUUUACGGGGGCCUCGAAUCCCCUGCGUACAAAACGGCCAUGGGCAACUUUGUCCGAAGCAUGGCAGCGUAUUCUCUCGUAUGCUACAUCCUCCGCAUCAAGGAUCGGCACAACGGCAAUAUCAUGUUGGACGCAGACGGGCACUUGAUCCACAUUGACUACGGGUUUAUGCUGGGCAUCCAGCCGGGCGGACGCUUCAGCUUGGAGCGGCGCGUGCCGUUCAAGCUCACGUCGGAAAUGGUGGACGCGAUGGGCGGCACGCAGAGCGAGUACUUUCGCGAGUAUGUCACGCUGUUGAUCCAGGGGUUCUUGGCGUUGCGGCAAAAUCAAAACGUCGACACGAUUUUGAUGAUGAUUGCCAUCAUGGCGCGCAACUCGAGCUGCCCGUGCUUUUUGAACCGGAAUCCCCAGGACAUUUUGAACCAAACCAAGGCGCUGUUUGCACUCGACCUGACGACGGACCAAGUGAUUCCCCACGUGAUGAAGCUCGUGCGCCUCAGUCUCAACAGCUUUGGCUACCGACGGUACGAUCAAUUCCAGCACAUGACGAACGACAUUUUGCCGUAAUAUAAUAUCAAGUCCCGUUGCUGCCAGAGGUCCCUUCGCCAUCGGUCUCUUUGUACGCGCUGCAGAGCGUCCCGUCCAUGGAAUAGAUUGUCGGGUACUGGUACGCCACCAUCGCCCACUGGUCGACCGACACGAUGAGGUCGGUGGCGGCAAACCGACUCAAGAUCGUGUGGUGCAUCGAGUCGAGCGUGACCGUUGGAAACAGGUCCACCGUGGCUGGCACACGGAGCUCGCACUGCUCGGACACAACCAUCGCGCUGCUGCUUGAGUUGUCAAAUCGCGUAAAGACCACUUGCACGCAAUCGACGGCGGUCGGAGCGGACGUAGCCGGAUCGAUACACGAAGCUCGGUGGACAAGCACCCCGUACGUCGACACGUUCGACAUGGCGCUGUGACUCGAGAGUCCCGGAACUGGAAUUUGAAGCGAGUGAGCGAGAAUCAUGCCCGACUUGGAGUACACUCCAAUCUACACCGACGGACUGAGCUACGUGGACAGCACUGCAGGAAGAAGC